AUGGACGCCAUGGACAUCAACUGGUGCCUGACAUGUAACAGACACAUUGACUCGGACGCAUCCGUCCCAUACUGCUCCCGCGUGUGCUACGCCUCUGACCAGCCCUCGUCUUCCUCCGUAUACCCCUGCCUGCGCCAGGCUGAAUACGCCCCCGCUGCAACGUCCGUCUGCGACUCGGACGACUACGACGAGUCAGAGUAUGAACCCUCCCUUCCAUCUACGGAGCGCAGCCGAUGGAUUGGCAAGGGAGCAGCAGGCAUCGAGGCAUGGGCACGGAACGUCCACCCAGGCCCGCCGUGUCCUCUAGAGCAUGCUCUAUCCACAUCAGACCUCCGGCCAAAGUUGCUCCUGCCGCACCGCCGCCCCAUCCCGCCUACGCUCUGCAUGUCCAAGACGGAUCCCGCGCCUCCCGCGCCAUCGAAGCCUAUCCUCACUCCGCACCGCAGCCUCGCAAGCCAGUGUACGCCAGGUGCGAGCACCGCGUCCUACACGACACCCGCCUCCUCCCUCUCGCUCGCGACGCCCGUUUCCGAGAACGCAUUCGUGCUUCCCAGCGCAGCUGCGCACGACGGAAAGCCGGGCCUCAUCGGCGCGCUCACAAAGCAAUUCCGCCGGGCCGCCAUCGGCGUGCGACGGACGUCGACUGUGCGCGCGUCACGCAUCGCCGACGUGGGGAUUCGAUGCGCGCAUGCUCCGGGCGAGUCCUGCGCACUGGCCCCGCACGUUAACUUGGCGGGAGCCUGGGCCCUCGCUUGGCCGAUGGCGCGGGAUCUGGUACGAUCUGGGCCUCGCGCUGCACCCAGCAGCAGCCAGAAGAGUCCAGAAUGCAGCCUCUCUGCGCACUACGCAGGAAGUCGCUACGGGCAGGCGACCGGCCUAACGGGCGAGGUGGGCUGGCAGCGGCGGCAGCGGGCGCGUGCACAUGGCUCCGGCCGCAUUCGUUCUUAG